AUGACGACCAAGGCAUGCUGCGCUGCGGGCCCGCCCGUUUCUUUCGAGCACAAGGAAUUGGGCCAGGAGAAGGACAUUGAUGGCAUUCGCUGCUAUGUCUCUGGCGAUCCAUCUGCCAGCAAGGCAGGCGUGAUGGUCAUCUACGAUAUCUUUGGCCUGGACCAUCCUCAGGUGCGCUGCCUGUCCGACAAGCUGGCUGCUGCUGGCUACUACGCGGUUGUUCCCGAUAUCUUCCGCAAGGAGCCCUGGACCCUGGAAAAGUUUCCUCCUUCAACCCCGGAGCUCAAGGAGGCUUUUGGUCAGUUUCUUGAGCGUGCCGGUGCUCAAGGGCCCAAGGAUGCGGAGACCAUCCUGUCCCACUUCAAGAGCGUCGGUCUGACUGGCAAGGCCGGUGUCAUUGGCUUCUGCUGGGGUGGCAAGUUGGCUGUCACGCUCGCCGCACAUGAGCAAGUCGGAGCAGUUGUGGGUGCCCAUGCAGCCUUCUUGGAUCAAGCGACCGUGGACAAGGCCCAAGCCCCCAUUCGCUUCUACCCGGCCAAUGGCGAUUGCGACUGUGAGCCUUUUGUGGAAUCGCUCAAGGCUCGUGGCUUUGAUUUGUCGGAAACCAAGCGCUAUGAUGAUCAGAUUCAUGGCUUUUGCGCCGCUCGUGGCGAGUGGGAUCGCCCCGAAGCAUAUGCAGCAUCAAUGUUCGUUUUCAAAAACUUUUUGACUGACAUCAAAAAAUUUGAUUUUUUUUCACUUGCUGCGCCCAUUGGUGGUCAUUUGACGGUCACAAUGGGCAAUCUGUUUGCGCGACGACGGGCGCCCGCUGAAACACCAAAGGUGUACAGCUGGGACAAGCGUGAAGCGUGCAACCCCGAGGACCUCAAAUUUGUUAAUCGCACAGGGGAGACUUUGUUCAAAGGCUCUGGGGACAUUGGGCUCGGCCAGCAGUUUACCAUUGAUAAUUGUCAUGACUGCUUCAUCUUUUUGAUGGACGUCAGCUCCACGGUGACCAUCGAUGACUGCACCAACUGUACCUUCUUCGUUGCACCCAUCCAGGGCAGGACGCGUGAUUGCAAGCAGCUGCAGGCAUCGCUCUUCUGUCAAACACUGCCCAUCAUUGAAAGCAGCAGUGACGUGCGCUUCACAUGCUUUCGAGGCAGCUAUUUUGCUCUCUCGGGCCAGAUGACAACGGCUCAGCUUAAUCCUUAUUGCAAUUAUUGGGCCAAGAUUCAUGACUUUACACCCAACCGCGAUGAUCCCAACUACGCGAUUGAACUUGUGGAGCCCCAAUGGCUAGGUGAAAUGUGGGACAAGUGCGCUGCUGCAGCCAGCUCUGUGCAGAUCGAUCGUGACGCUGGACUAACCACGGUGCCCAUAACCCAGGGCCCAGGCAAGAGCGCAACAGAGCUGAGCACUCUGCUGGUCCUCUUCCCGCCUGCCAGCAAGGGUGCCAAAAAGAUUGUUCGGGGCCUUGCAGCCUAUCCAAGCAUUCACUUGCAGCAAACACGCGCCCAUACCAUGUCACCGGACGAUCUGGACCGUCUCAUGCCUGGCGUUGAUGCCCAACACAAAGCCAUGUUGUCCCAAGGCGAGGUCGUGACCCUUGAGCUGGCUGGUGAAGGCGUCGAGGCCAUUGCACAAGCCUUGGUGCAGGAUGCGGGGUCGCCUCCAUUUUGUCUCUCGCCCGUCGGCAACACGCAGAUUAUCAAUGCCAUCCACUCACACAUGGACACGGCCAUGAAGAUUUGA